AUGAACAGAGGCAGCGGCAGCGGCGGGAUCCUGUCAUAUGAGAAGCUGGAGGGGUACGCCGUAUGGGUGGGUGCCAGCGUGGCGGCGGCCUUCUUCAUCUCCAUGGAGCGGUGCUCCUGCAUCCACCUCCACACCAUGGACGACGACGACUGCGACGACCCCGAGGAGGCCAAGGACCGGCCCCUCAUGCUCUCGCGUCCCCAGGCCCUCCCCGAGUACUACUAUGACCGGACAGGGUCCUCCGCCUCGUUCGCCAAGAUGUGA